UUACAGCAGGGGUGAGUAAUGCUUAUCUCACUCUUACAGCAGGGGUGAGUAAUGAUUAUCUCACUCUUGCAGCAGGGGUGAGUAAUGCUUAUCUCACUCUUACAGCAGGGGCGAGUAAUGCUUAUCUCACUCUUGUUGCAAGAGUGAAUUAUGUUGUACUCGCUUGUUGCGGGUUAAGAUAUGUUUGUCUCACUCUUACAGCAAGGGCGAGUAAUGAUUAUCUCACUCUUACAGCAGGGGUGAGUAAUGCUUAUCUCACACUUACAGCAGGGGCAAGUAAUGCUUAUCGAGUAAUGCUUUUCUCACUCUUACAGUGGGUGAGUAAUGCUUAUCUCACUCUUACAGUGGGUGAGUAAUGAUUAUCUCACUCUUGCAGCAGGGGUGAGUAAUGCUUAUCUCACUCGUACAGCAGGGGCGAGUAAUGCUUAUCUCACUCUUGUUGCAAGAGUGAAUUAUGUUGUACUCGCUUGUUGCGGGUUAAGAUAUGUUUGUCUCACUCUUACAGCAAGGGCGAGUAAUGAUUAUCUCACUCUUACAGCAGUGGUAAGUAAUGCUUAUCUCACUCUUGCAGAAGGAGUGAUUUAAGUUUUUCUGUCUUACCAUUGGACUGAGUUAUGUUAUGCAGGAGAUAUGCUGCAGGAGUAGGGUUGGGCAUCAUUUCCAAUUUAUCGCUUCCAAAUUCGAUUCCGCUUUUCGGAUCCGAUUCCUAAAGAUUUUUGGUUUAGAUUCCAAUGGGGUAAAACUCAAUAAAAUUCAACAGGUACCUAAAUGAUAGCGACUCAACAACAGAAAAUGCAUUCAGGCCUUUUAAUUGAUCUUUCACAAUACUUUUUUCCUGUGUUUGCCUUCCAUUUGAAGUGAGGGAAAAGGGGGUCUCACAUGUAGCAUGUGCCGGCUACUGUCGUGGCAACUAAUAAAGAACACUCGGCAGAGUCAGCACUCAGGAUGCGCAACACAUCAAACAGGGUGCAUUCGAUACAAUGAACCAAACCUCAGAUGCUUUGCCAUAUUGCUGGUGACACCAAUCUUGCAAUAUAAUAGUUACGCUUAGCUUUUUCUUUUUCUUAUUUUGCAAGAUGCAGCCACACUUCAGAGCGCCUUUCACCGUGGUCCAUCAUGCUCACUCAUCCAAAAUAAGUGGAAUUGAAAUUGUAAUUUUAUCUAGAUAUAGAGAUAUUGCAUAUCUCCCUCUUAUUGCAGGAGUGAAUUAUGUUUCUCUCUCUUCACACUGCAUGUUUUUCUCUCUUACUGUAGGAGUGAGUUAUGUAACAUGCUUGAUGUUUCAUGUGGCAACAGGAUUUUAUAGUCUGAUUAUGAAUCAUCUCUUGGACUCCAUUUCAAAGACAGCAGGUGUCAUGUUAUUCAUUUCAUCCUGCAUGUGUUUCUUUCUCUCCACCUUUUUCACACUCAUAAUUCUUGAAGGUCUUUCAUCUUCUUCUCUUCAGUGCUCAAUCUCUCUGCAUGCGUCCGUCUUUUGAAUCUCACCCCCUGAGCGUAAAUUAGCUCCUUUUUAAGGUUAAAAGCUAUAAAAAGCUCUCUUAGGUUCCAGAACACUGUCUAUCACACCACGCUCUGAUUGGUCAGAUUCUGUCCAUUGUGAUGUACAUUCAAGCGUCCAAUGGCAUCAAUAGAUUUCAGCGGGUGCGGACACCGUCCUCGGGCCACAGACGACAUUGAGCAGCAAUUGAGCUGUGUGUCAUAGUGAGGUCAAGCGUCUAUAAAUAGACAAACAUUGACCUCUCGAAAAUCACCGGUCAGGAUGUGAGACGUGACGUUGUGUGUUUUGUGUGUGUGUGUGUGUUGGGGUAGGAGUGUGUUCAACACACAUUCAUCUCACUCUUAAUUAGAGCUCUUCAUGGCUCUCCAAUUUCGUUUCUACAAAUGACAUUCAUUAGAGACAUGAAGUUUCACUUAAUUAAACUGUGUUCGUUCCCAUGAUAAUGAAAUAUAGCCGUGUGCGCACACACACACAUUACAGGUCUAACACUGAACCAGUCUAUGUUCAACAACUAUUUCUACUUUCAAUUUAUAUUUUACUCUUUCUUUCUGGUUUAUAAAUAUUUGAUGGCUUGUUAUUUUGAUAUCCGAAUGUUUGUUUCUGCAUUUAUUGGUUUGAGUUGAAAAUAAAAUGGAUUAAUGUUGUUUGUAAGGAUGGAGUCUGUGGAUACUUUAUCAACACCGUGACAGAUUCAAACUUUCAUUAACAUGAUUCAUUGAUGUUGUGCACUAUCGCUUUUGCUUUUGCUCAAAAGGGUUGAAGGCUUCAACCCUCCUUUGUGCUUUGAGUUUCACGCUGCCUUUAGAAAUAAAAUCACAUCAUUUAUUUACUUGUUUUAUUCAUAAAGAAAAAUGUAGCUAGCUAUCACAUACAAUAUGAAUAAAUGUACAUUAAAAACCUUGCAGUGCAAACCCAAAACAACAAGAUAAGUGUUUGGCACAGAUGCACAUGAAUGACUACUUGUAUAUUUCUUUAUUUUUGGUUAUAUUUUGCUGAAACUGAGCUAUGAUAUGAGAAGACAUUUAAGUGAUUUUGUAAAAAGCAGUUAGUUGGAUACGAGUGGGUUCUGAUAACACUGUGUUUGGAGUCUCCCGUGUUGAAGUUUUCCAUGUCUUAUCUCAUGGACCGUUAUUCCAGGAGUGGAUGCCAAGGGCCAAGACCUUUUAUGGAGUGCUGAGGGUGCCCAGCUGACCCAUAAUGCACUGGGGUGAGCUCUCUAUAAUGGGAGGCCGGGCUUUUGUCAUUCAUUCUCAGGAGUCUGAAUCUGUCAUGGCCUCUUUGAGCGGAUCUUCAGCGUCAUCGUAUCAUCGUUCAUCGCGUUACAGUACGAGCACAGUGAGAUCCUUCAGCUCCGAUUCUCUCCACCCGAGACUUCACAGUCAGUUUGGGGAAGAAACCUCCAUCCGCUCCAUCCCAAACGGGUCCGAGCAAGAGCCUUUCACCCGUUGCCAUGGUAAUUCGCAGGAUGAAUCGUCAUGGGAUGAGUCCUUUGGCGGUUACCAAGGUGAUCAAGAGUCUUUUGGAGGUUACGGUGAAGAGCAGAAGUACACCAGAGGAGUUUACCAAGGUGACUGGAGUCUUGGAGAUACCAUACAGGGCUCCAGGUGUUCUAGCAGUACAGGUGUGGUGAGAGCGAUGGGAGACAGUUACUUCCUGUCUGCAGAUGUCAGCGGGUUUGAACCACAUGAAGUGGUGGUGUUGGCCUAUAACCAGUGUGUAGUUAUUCAAGCAGAGAAGACUGGAAUUGAUGGAAAUGUUGCAGGCAAGUUUACCCAUAAGUCUGUGUUACCAGAGGACAUGGACCCGCUGUCAGUGAGCAGUUCAAUGGCUCCCGAGGGAAUGCUGCUGAUCAGGGUCAGGCGAAUCCCAAAACAGUCGAUUCAACCCGCGACCGCUCUCUUUCACACUGAGGCUCAUUUUUGACCUUCUUUAAAUCUGAUUUUGUAGCAGGGAGAAAAACUGAAUCACAUCCAAACACAUCCUCAAUACUGAACGCAGCCUGAACCAAAUACAUACUGAGUAUAGGGAGGUCUCAGAAAGAAGAUGUGCUAUAAGUUAAACAUUUUGUCUAAUUAGAUUGUGUAUUUCUUUUUAUAGCCAAAUAGAUGAUGUCAUCAGGUGAGGAGGUUACCAUAGCAACAGCAGACUGCUUCCCUGUUUGAUCCGUAUUCAAUAGUAUUUAUCCUUCUUUUAUACAUUGUUAUACAUUUAAAUACUAUUUAAUAUUAAAAUAUUUUUAGUCACAUCUUUAAAUUUGCUUGUACAACAAUCUAGUAAAUCAAGUCCUACAUCUAUUGAUAUUGAUAUUUUAAUUGUGAAUGAAAUAAACAGGUUUGAUGUUUUACAGUACAGAAUUUCUUCAAGCUUUUAAUAUCACGUACUGUAUAUUUACACUUUAUUUUUACAUGCAUGAGUGAAAAAUUUUUAUCGUUUAGUGUUUUAUCUAUAGUAUAUUAUCAUCUAUGUUAAAUAAACAGCAGGUCACAAUCUUUUAACCCAUGACUUUUCAUUAUUGUUGGUUAAUAAAAAGAUGAGUGUAUUAUAUCUAUGAUAUUGUCUGAGUUAAAUGAUUUUUUACCAAACAAGCACAGAAAUGUCACAGAUGGCUUUGUUUUGCUUUCAUUCCUGUAGGGGAAAUCUGAUCUUUAAAUGAAUCUCACCCAAGGGCUUUCUAACCUACUUAAAACAUCAGCAGCCAAUCAAAGUUAACAAAUCUGAUCAAAGAAUUAAACGAUAACCAAUCAGACGUGAGAUAAUAGAAAAACAACUCAAACGUCUGUCCAGAACAGAUGAGAUUUACUGGAAAAAGACGAAGCGACAAAGAAAUAAAAGAUACAAACAGGUGUGAAUAUUGUAAAGUUAAAAUCUCUUUAUUUAUGCCUGAUAUACACAACAUGUUUAAACUGCACUUGAUUUUUUGGAAAUUGCACAAAUAUUUUUGUUGUUUUGACACUUCACGUUCAUGAAAUAACAGUACUGAGUUCAGAUGAGUUAUAAAA